AUGUUCAUCGUCGCACGAUGGCUCCUCGGCGCCGCGACUGCCUUCAUUGCGCAGCCGGCACCGAUUCUCGUGACCGAGCUUGCCUACCCGACCCAGCGAGGCAAGAUUUCAAGUCUCUACAACACAUUCUUUUUCUUCGGAGCGAUCUUAGCGGCUUGGUCGACCUACGGCACGUUCCGUCUGACCUCAACAUGGAGUUGGAGAAUCCCGUCCAUCUUGCAGGGUGCUCUCCCUGCGAUUCAGUUCGCAUUCUUCUACUUCGUGCCUGAGUCUCCCAGAUGGCUCGUUGCCCACGGCAAGACUGAACAAGCCCGAGAGAUCCUCACUCGCUACCACGCCGGCGGCGAUACUUUCUCGCCACUUGUUGAAUACGAGGUAAAGGAAAUUGAGGAGAACGUCCGUCUCGAGACCGAGGCACUGCGCGAGUCUUCAUAUCUCGACCUCGUCAAGACGGCACCCAACCGCCGCCGUACGCUUAUUGCUGUCAUCACCGGUCUCGGAGCUCAAUGGUCUGGUUCCGGAGUCAUCUCUUACUACCUCACGCUGGUUCUCAGCACUGUCGGAAUCACCGAAACCAAGGACCAGGCCCUUAUCAAUGGCCUGCUCCAGGUUUUCAACUGGUUUGCGGCCGUGUUCGCCGGUGCUAUGAUGGUUGACCGCAUCGGCCGCCGCAAGCUCUUUCUUAUUUCGACCGCUGGUAUGCUCGGAUGCUACAUCAUCUGGACCAUCCUUACCAGCGUCUUCACCAAUACCAAGGACGAGCGGGCUGGCUACGCCGUGGUUGCGUUUAUUUUCAUCUACUAUUUCUUCUACGACAUCGCCUGGUCACCCCUCUUGCUCUCGUACCCUGUUGAGAUCUUCCAGUACACUCUGCGUGGAAGGGGUUUGACAAUGUCCUUGGGAUCGACGUUCGUCGGUCUCAUUAUCGGACAGUUUUGUAACCCUAUCGGAAUGGCGAACCUGGGCUGGAAGUACUACAUCGUCUUCUGCGUUAUCUUGGCCAUCCUCCUGCUGUUGGUCUGGCUGCUCUUCCCUGAGACCAAGGGACGCUCGCUCGAGCAGAUUGCUGAGGUCUUUGACGGCAAGAACCAUAGCUUUGGCAGCAGCGGUGUUAGAAGUGAGAAGGUUGACGACGAGUUUGUUGAAGUUGAAAACGUUGCGGACAGGAAGGUCUGA